UUAUAACCAGUGUUCCCCUAAAUGAAGUGUGAUCAGUAAUUGUGGUUGGCCAGUUGCGACGAUAACGAGCACUGUCUAGUCACUGCGCAUUGGUAGAUCAGAGAUUACGUAAGACGUAAGGUGUCGGUCGAAUGUAACGUAUAUUGACGUACACGAAAUCGCGACGAGCUCACUAAAUCAAUAUGAAGGUGUUGCUACCGGUUUUCCUCGUGAUUUUGGCUUGUGACCAAAUUGCUAAUGGUUUGCGAAUUCUCGGUGUAUUCCCGUUUCACGGCAAGAGUCAUUUUAUCAUGCAAGAAGCACUGAUGAAGGAUUUAGCGAGACGCGGUCAUCAGGUAGAUGUCGUCACGCAUUUUCCGUUGGAAAAGCCGAUACCCAAUUACACAGAUAUCAGUAUAAAGGGCACUCUUCCACGCGUUGUGAACAAUGUCACUGCGGAGGAAGCACAAGCUUUUAGCAAUCCAUCUAUAGCCUAUUUCGUGGCCAUGGCCGGACAUAACAUUUGCCAGUUGUUGAGCCAUCCAAAAAUGCAACAGCUGAUCAAAAACCCACCGCAAGAUCCUCCCUAUGAUAUGGUCAUUGUAGAGGUAUGCUCGAUGCUUUCAAAUAUAUAUGUUCAAUCAUUCUUACGUAUGCAUAAAAAUGUGAUGCAAGAAAAUUCCUAUUAUUUCGAUUUAAUGUAUCGUCUGUACGAAAAAAACAUUCCGUCGUCUUUUAAAUUAUUGUUAGUUUCGCGCAUUGUGCAUUUGCCAAUCGCGAUGUUUUCACAAAGAAGAAAAAAAAACAGUGUCACUAUGAAUUUCGCAGAACAUAAAAACAUACGAGCUUUCAUUACGCACGGCGGGCUCUUUGGGACGCAAGAGGCAAUCUAUUGCGGAGUUCCUAUGAUUGGCAUUCCCCUGUUUGGCGAUCAACGCAACAACAUUCUAAAUUAUGUCAACAAAAAGGUGGCAAUUUCGCUUAAUUCAGUAUCUGAAGUUACCGAGGAAAAAUUAACUUCGGCGAUAAAUACCAUCUUGAAGGAUCCCUCCUAUCGUGAAAAUAUACAAACACUGUCGAAGAAGUUCCUCGAUCGACCGAUAAGUGCCUUGGAUGAGUCCAUAUUUUGGGUGGAGUAUAUCGGGAAAUAUGGAAACGUAAUUCAAUCACCAGCACUUCAACUCUAUUGGUGGCAACACUGCCUGCUGGACGUUUAUGCCUUGAUAUUCGUCGUAAUUAUCACGGUGCUUUAUAUCGUGCUGUUUGUUCUCCGAAAAUUAAAGAGGCUCUUGUUCGGAUCGCGCACACCAAAGAAGGACAAUGCAGCAAUGAAGUCGAAGAAAAACAAAUGAAGAUGCUGUCUCUCUUUCCUUGUUUUAAGAAAUUUAUCUUAGAAAUUUUAUCUUGUUUUUUUAUACGCACGAAAGAAGCAUUUCAAAACAAUUUAUUGAGUAUAAUGUCCUCAUUUGAUGCUGUAUAUAGUAUUAUAAUGAAGUAGUUUAAUUACUCGUCUGUGUUUUAUACACACUAGAAACGAUAAAACGCGCGUUUCGCGCGAAAUAUUUACGACAUAUUGAGAAGCAAUACUCAUUUAACACCACAUGUAUUAGUUAAAUUUAUAUAAAUAUAAUAUUUGUAUAUAAUAUGUAUGUAUGUACAAUGAAACAUGUCGAAGACACA